UAGUUAUCAUCGCGCACGUACAAUUACAAUGCAUGUAUCGCACAUAUUACUAUUUCUAUAGAUUUGAUAAGCAAUCAGAAAAAAACUAAAUUUAUGAAGUUUAAAACGUUAUAAGUGUCUGAAAAAGUGUUGGUUUGGUUCUCGGCUCAGCAGCGUAUUUUUUAAAUAACACAAAAUGCUGAAAUUAUCACUUCAAGAAGCCAUGAAGAUCGGGUUUAUUGGUGGCGGCAGGUUAGCCUUUGCAUUGGCAAAUGGAUUUAUUUCCGCUGGUUUAGCAAAACCUGAUGAAAUCACAGCCAGUGUCCAUCCUGCAGAUGUAGCGAGUGCUGAGGCUUUUAAGUCUUUAGGAGCAACUGCCAUUUUUGAAAACAAGUCAGUGGUGGAGAGAUCUGAGGUGGUCAUUGUGUCAGUCAAGCCUGAUGUUGUUGGUCCAGCAUUGCAGGAAAUAAAAGAUCUCCAGGCGUCUAAAAACAAAUUGUUUAUAUCCGUCGCAAUGGGAGUUUCUAUUACAAGCAUAGAGAAGGUUCUCCCACCAGAAGCCAGAGUAAUAAGAGUAAUGCCAAACACACCAGCACUUGUAAAGCAAGGUGCUGCAGCAUUCAGUAGAGGUUCCAGAGCCACAACAGAAGACGCUAAAGUGACAACAGAGCUAUUCAAAGCUGUUGGCACCUGUGAUGAAGUGCCUGAGUACCAAAUGGACGCUGUUACAGCUUUAAGUGGAAGUGGACCUGCUUAUGUGUAUAUGCUGAUAGAAUCCCUAGCUGACGGAGGAGUCAGAUGUGGGCUACCCAGGGAUUUGGCUCUUCGUCUUGCAACACAGACGACCUUAGGGUCCGCAUCAAUGCUUAAGGACGGAGGUCAUCCAGCUGCAUUGAAAGAUAAUGUGACUUCGCCUGGCGGUUCAACUGCAGAAGGAACAUACCAUUUAGAACAAAACGGUUUCCGCUCAGCGAUUAUUGGAGCAGUAAUGGCAGCAUCUAACCGUUGCAAGGUGGUAAAUGAAACAUUGAACAAGUGAACAACCUGUAGUAGAUACCUUAAGUAAAUUGCUAACAUUGGCUAUUCGUACUUGCAAGAUUUCCGUUAAAAUAAUCCUAAUAUGACAUAUCAUACUUAUUUUUUAUAGAAUAUUAAAAAAAUGUCAGUACAGUGUAUCUAGUAUACAAACAAGCUUAGACCAAAAAGAAAAUAAAAUUAUUAAUUCA